UUAUUAACCCUGGUUAAUUGCUUACUAGAAAGAGACGAACUAAGAUUAAAGCGUUACACAGAAGAAUGGAUAAAAAGAAGAUCCUCAAGAGGAAGCAGCAUCAGCUGCAAGUGGAGGCGGAGCUCCACCGCCUCCCUAAUCCGCAACCAAAAUCAAAAUCAGUUCGUGUUUCUUCUAAAUCAGCCACCACUACCGCCACCGCCACCGCCACCGCCACGAAUCCAUACUCUUCUCACAGUGGCCCCACUCCACAAGAAUGCCUCUCCCUACGAGACACCCUCUUAGCCCUCCACGGUUUCCCUCCCGAAUUCGCCAAGUACCGCAACCGACAACACGAUGACGACAACCACCACCACGCCGCUACCAUCCCGCCGGAAACCGUGCUCGACGGUUUGGUCCGAACAGUGCUCUCUCAGAACACCACCGAGUCCAAUUCCCAAAAGGCCUUCGAUUCCCUCAAAUCAUCCUUCCCCACCUGGGAACAUGUGCUUGGUGCGGAUUCGAAGGAGUUGGAGAAUGCGAUUCGAUGCGGGGGUUUGGCACCCACAAAGGCCUCGUGUAUUAAGAACAUGUUGCGUUGCUUGCUGGAGAAGAGAGGCAAGUUGUGCUUGGAGUAUUUGCGAGACUUGUCCAUUGAUGAAGUUAAGGCUGAGCUUUCUCUUUUCAAGGGAAUUGGUCCCAAAACUGUGGCUUGUGUGUUGAUGUUCAAUCUUCAGCUAGAUGAUUUUCCCGUUGACACUCACAUUUUUGAGAUAGCAAAAACAAUUGGUUGGGUGCCAGCUGCUGCUGACAGAAACAAGACAUAUCUUCAUCUAAACGAAAGGAUCCCAAAUGAACUUAAAUUUGACCUGAAUUGUCUCAUGUAUACACAUGGGAAGCUUUGCCGUAAAUGCACAAGUAAAAAGGGUAACAAGCAACGAGAGAAAUGUGAUGAUAAUAACUCCUGUCCUAUAUUGAAUUAUUGUAAAGAACCAGUUUGAACUUUGAUGCUCAGAACUUGUAUUGUAUAGAACUAACUAGUGGUAAUAACGUAGGUUGGAGACUAUUUUAAAGUGUUAGUUGAAUUGAAAGAGAAGCUCACAAUUAUGUGUGGUAAGUGAGUCGGUCUCACCGUCUCAGUCAACACCAA